AUGAACUCGGCGGUGCCCGGCCUGGCAAGGGCGCUCAAGCGCUACGACUCCGACAAGGUCCGCGAACGUGCGGACGGCGCUACAGAGCUUCGCGAGAUAUUCAGCAACCGCGAGAACAUCGACAUAUUUCACACCGAGGCUGAAUCCAAUGGCGGCUCGCCCUGGGUCCUCUUCUUCCAGGUCCUCUUCCAGGUCGUCGUUCUGGAGAAGCAAGCCGCCACCAAAACCUCAACAGCUGAGCGGCGACUCUCCGACGCAGCCUCCCUGGUUCGUUUUAUGGCGGAGCGCACCGUCCACCUCCUGAGCAAAAGGGCCUUUGUCGCCCUAUUCACCCACCUGAUCACCCUUUUCGCCCACAAUGGCCGCCCAUUCGAGCCAGUGGCAGUAGACUAUGCCAAGGCGCUCCGUACUCUCCUCUCUUUCAAGCCCCACCUCGAGCACCUGGACCGUACAAGCUGGGGCAAGAUCAUGGGUGUGUGCUGGGGAGUGGCCCUCGGCGAUCGUGUCUCGAUCGACGACGAGUGGCCAGACGAGGAUCACGUUAGCUUCACCGAGCAAGGCGGCCCAACGAGCCAACCUACCUCUAAGACCAACACCACCUUGCGCUCAGUCGCCAAUGAGAUCAUUGCUCUUAUCCCCAUCCUUCUCUCGAGUUCAAACGCACCCCUCGUUCCGCGUGCUCAACCCUUGCACCAGCAAGAUCCAGUCGAUCUCGCUCUGGGCUACUAUAUCCUCCUCAAGGUCCACCGCUACCUGGCACACCAGCCUUUCAAUUCUGUUAUCCCUCUUGACAUCCUGCGGUCUCUCAACCUCGUGCUCACCGAGCUCGAGCUCAACUGCAAGGACCACUUCACCGCGGCUUCCCUCAAGAUCUUUCCGCAGCUCGUCGCCAUCUGGACAGCAAAGGGCAAGAACGAUCUGAGGGUCCGGGAGCAUGUCCUCAUUGCGAUGCGCAUGAUGCUCCCAUAUAUCACCCACUCGUCUGUCAGCGAACAAGCGGACCAGGAGGUGACAGGAGACUCCACCAGAGACUCCAUGAUCAAGAUUAUCGACGCUGUCGGCAAGGACGCCGCUGGUCCAAAAGGCGUCAUUCGCCCUGUCGAGCUGGAAACGCUGCGUUUCACCUCCGGGCCAUGCAAGCGAUCGAACGACGAGGACGCUCCUCCGUUUGAGUUGACCGCCGUGGCAGCCGGUUUUGGAUUCGACGCGUCCCAGGCCCUCAACUGGGUAGCCAUCAGCCUGUAUGCGGAUUGUUGCUUCCUGACGAGCGACACCAAAGCAUCCCCUUCUUCCUCGACAGUUGCCAAUCACCCCCAAGUCCAAAAGAGGCAACGCACUGAGACCUCGCUCCAAAAGGUCAUGGCACUGACGACUACGGGCCCGAUUCAAACACGCUUGCUCGCGCUUCAGGUACUCGUUUUCGUUAUCGACAAGUACUGGGCCAAGAUUCGCGACGACAACAAACAAUCGAUUCUUCACAAGCUUGUCGAGCUCCUCGACGAUGACGACGCUGCCAUUCAGUCUUGGAGCUUUGUGGGCAUAUCGUGUCUCGCCGUCCUGGACAAUGCCCCUACUGAACAGACAUCGUGGGAGCGCGCGUGGACCUACGCCAUUCGCAAGACAACUGUAACCCCAGUCUCGCGUGCGGCGUGUCACACUGUACAUGCGAUCCGUAUCGCCAAUAAGGUCGACCACGCUCGAUGCGUCCGUGACGUGCACACCCUUCUCACGAAUAUUAACAUUCAAGGACCGGCAACUGUGUCCGAGUCAUCGUGCGCGCUCCUCAUCGACUGCUUGGCUUUGGUUCGCGCCGACGCCGGACUCUACGAUGCCCAAUUGGAAGUCAAGGUCAUGGGAUGGUUUGACAAGACCUUUGCUCUCGAAGGUGCUGGUCGCACGGGUCCUCGCAUGGGGUCGGGCACCCCCGCAAACCACCUGGCUUUGCUUUGUUCCAUUGUGGCAUUCCCCCAGACUCCCAUCGCCGACGCCUCGGUUUUGGAGAACCUUCCCGACUGUCCUGUCGUCGACCGUAUCCUCCACGAAGCGAAGACCAUGGGCCUGCGAGGUUUCAUCCUGAACGGCACAAUCCCACCCGCUGUGGAGAGUUCAGACACGCCUUUGUCGUCGCAAUCCAAGUCACCAAACGGCAUCGAGUCGCUGGGCGUCCUGGAUCAGGGGCCUCGCAGGCUUUCCAACAUCUUGAACUCGGAGAUCGCCCAAGCGGCAAGGGAAUGGAUGGAGGUCGGCCGUGUUACUCCGGAAAGACUCCGCAAGACUAUUGACCUGGUCGUCCUCGUGUUCGCCUUCCAAGCAGUCUUGCAAGCGAACGGGAUCAGUCCCGACACUGAACAUGGUCUUGUGCCCGCAGCUGAACUGCUGGAGAAGGCCAUCAUCCCCCGCCUGCGCAACUUGUCCGACAAUGCGCCUGCCCAGCUCUUGGUGUGGCGCGGUUUCAUGCCAUUGUACUAUACCGCCUCGCCACAAUCCAACACUUGGCCACUGCUUUUGCGGCCAGAUGCCGCCUCUGGUAUCCGUCGAGACUACCUUCCCGAGCGGCAGUACGCGACUCACGAGCCCGAGGAAGAUGCGUCAUCCAACAACAGCGUCUUGGCGAUCAUUUGGAGGACGCCACAAGGGGUGUUGGAUAAACUGCUCGACGCCAGCAAGGGUGCGCUCAAGGGUGUGCUCAGUAAUUCACGUGGAUACGAGAGUGACGCUGCCAUCACCGUGGAUGACGACGACUUUGGCCCCAUCGUCAGCACGGAUAUGGACAACAUGUCACAGUCCUUGGAGGCGCAGCAGGCCCAACAGUCUACAACGUUGCUGCUCAAGACCUUUGUCGACAUUCGACUCUGCGGGCCCCGUCUGAAGACUCUUGAUUAUCGACCAACAAAGGACGUCGAUCUUGUUAACAAGUUUGUCGCCAGCGAAGGCGAACUACUUCACCAACUCGGUUUUGUCAUCUGCGACGCCAUUCAUGAAGGUAGCUUCCGCUUGACUUUCGAGAUCGUUGACUGUAUCCUGGCGGAGCUAAAGGAUCGCCUCAUGUCCUACGCCUACCAGCGUAGUCCGGAAGUGACGCGUCUAGUCAUCACGUUUCUCGCUCGCUCGGUGCACAUUUGGCUUGCCCCCAACAGUGGCCUCUCCGAAACGGCAAUGUCCAUGGUCAAGCUGAUGGUCUGGUAUGCUGAGCACGACCGCCUGAUGGCGUGGCAAGCACGACUUCAGCUGCUUCUUCUCAUCGACCAGUACGUCGACUAUGACCCAAGCUUUGACCUGUGGUUCCAGGUUACCGAUUCCGAGCAAGUCGACCUUAUGAUGGACGGCACCCAUGACGACCGCGGACCGAUGGACUUUGUCCUCAAGUCAACGAACGAUUCCGACAUUCGCGUCCGAUUCCGCGCUGCGUCGUCUGCCGCAAGCAUCCACUACCUUUCCCACCUGUCAGGCAACGUCAAGGACGGUGCCUACUAUGAUGUCUUGACGGCGCAGAGCAACGUGGCGCCAUCAUGGGACCGCUGUCUGACGGACCUCCUCUGGAAGCUCAACACAUGUUUGGCCAGUGCCCAUCUUCGCACCGCAGCCCUGUAUCACCUGUACGAGGUCGCCACUCACCAAGCGCACUUCACCUCCCAUCUCGAGCAUGGUCUUCAGGCAGUUGCUUUGCGCCUUGGUUUCGACUCGAUCAGGCCAAUGUAUGUCGCACACGCAAACAUGGUUGUCACCGCCCAGAUCAACAACCGUCAAGACCCUAUGGGCAUCCCGCCAGCCCUGUACGGAUGUUCCCGUCUCCAGGAGUUUGCCGAAAUCUGCCUUGAAGUCGUUGGCCCCAAGCUCCUCGUGGACAAUCGUAUGAAGUUCUUCAAUUCACUGUGUAAGACGGCCAACGUUCAGAAGGAUCAGGCUUUGAGGCGUUACUUUCCCACCGCCGCGGCAUACGCCGUUCCACUCGGCCUGUCAGCACUCACCGGCAACCCAUCCGAUGAGGCAAUCACCCAACAGGCGCAGGCUGCCCUCAACGAGCUUCCUCUACCGACCGAUUCCGCCAAAGUUACCAGUACCACGAUGGUUACUUCGAACAUUGCGUCUAUUGUGGCCCAUCUGAUGAGCCUGGUAGACUUUGAUGCCUCAAACGAAAUGGUCGUGUUGGCCCUCAACUCAGUCCACCCGACUGCCGGUCAUACGUUUGGCAGUCUGAUGGCCGAGCACGUCGCGCCGCUUGAUCCACCACCUGUGCUUGAGCCUCAUGUGCCCCUGGACGCUGUGCUGCGCGCCAAUAUCUUCUUCCGCCCCAACCUGGGCGAGAAUGAGCCGUCAAUGGUGUUUGACGCACUCAUUCACUUGUUCAACGCCAUCAACCAGGCAUACCUCGUCAACGAACAACUGCGGUAUCUUCGCUCGGUCGGUUUGCUUGCCGCCCUGUAUCCGGAGCAAUUCACCAACCGCCUCAUUCUCCAGCAGUUCCUUCACAACGUGAUUGAACUGCUGGCCCAAGACGACAUUGGCAGUGUGGCACAGUCCAUGCUCGAGUGGGGCUUCGAGCAGCUUUUGGCAGCGGAGGCCGCGCCUGUCAAGGGGACCACGCCUGUCAACAAGACCACGCCUGUCAUCAAGACCACGCCUGUCGAAGAGACCACGCCAGUCGAGGAGACUGCACCUGUCGAGGAGACCGCGCCUGUCGUCCUCACAAACUUGCUGAUCAGCCUGGGCAACAUUUACCCCAAAUUGCAGCACAGCGAGAUGCUCAAGCCAGUUGCGAUCCGCCUCAAUAUGUGGAUCAAGGCCAUUGCAGAGACGAAGGGGUGGAAGGACACGCCGAUCCAAGCUGCACUCAAGGUGGCCCUUAUCUUCUGGCCCAAACAGUGGACGGCUCACUUCCGUGACAAAUCGGACCCCACUUGCACCGACAUUGCCACGAUGGCCGAGGACCCAAGAAUGCAAGACCCGAUGACUCUAUGCCGCUACCUCGUGGAUGCGUUCAAAGACAGUGGCGGGGACAGCAAGGAUCUGUUCCUUUCGUCCACGUUUUGGUUUAUCAAGAAGGCCCUUACUGCGUCAAACUGGAAUCACGAUGGGGCCGUGGCGUUCCUCGACCUCCUGUAUAUGGCCAGUGGCAACGUUCACGCUCCAUCCAUGGACACUAUCGAUCGGCUCACGGGGCAAGACCAAUGGUCCGACUUGGUCAAGCAAUUUAGGCAAUGCCCUGAUGUUGCAAUUCGUAUUGCCAUUCUCAGCAAAGUGGCCGAGCAGACGACUUCGGAUGACUAUCGUCAGCGCACUACGGCGUUUGAGGUACUCCGCAAGACCAAGCCCCUCGUCUCGAAGCUUUUGGGGAGCUCGGAGCCAUCGGAGAGCUCGGAGGAACCGGGGAGUACAACCGUCAUGCCGCAGCACCUCUGUGACCUGAUAUCGCUGCUCGCCCCCACGACCUCCGUUGACACGACCCAUAAACCCAUUAUCAAGGCUCUGCUUGACAAGUCGGCCGGUUGGGUGUCCAAGUCGAGCUCACCCCGCGUCUGGGCCAACGACCUCGCCCUGCUCCUCAGUGCUUUGGCGGCACAGGAAGAUCUCAUCUACGCCUGUCUUAGGCCGCUCCUCUUGUCCCAGAGCCAUGCUGCGAUCGAAUUCUUGCCUCUCCUCGUUCAAGCUGUCCUGACCUGCGGAGCCCAAAAGUGCCCAGAUGCCAAGGCCCACAGGCAGUACUCUGCGACCCUCUCGACCCACUUCUCCGAGGUUCUGCAGUACCCAAGUGCGGCCACUGAGGCGCUCGAGACGAUCAUCAUGAUCAACCAACACCUGCGAAACUCGGUUCCGUCCUACGUUGUCGGCCCAUUGGCGCGCAACCACUGGCUGAGCAUUGAUCCGCUUUUGCUGAGUGCCGCUGCAGGCAAGUGUGGCGCGUUCGCAAGUUCACUCCUUUACCUGGAAAUGGCCAAGGAUCGUGACGAUCCAAGGGGACGUCCAGACCUGGAGUUGUCUGACCAUCGCAUCCAAAAGAUCAUGUACGACAUCUACAGCAACGUCGAGGACCCCGAUGCUUUCUACGCCAUUCAGAACAGCGACGUCAUGGACUCGUUGUUGCGUCAGUUGAACCACGAAGGCCAACCGAUCAACGCACUGGGGUACAACCUUGCAGGAUACGAGGCGACCCCUUCGGACAGACGUCGCCAACAACGUUUUGCCUUGGCUCACAACCUGCACGACCUGGGAGCCAACAAACUCGCAUAUGACCUCAUGAAGAAGUCCAGGGGCGACACAGAGGCCGACAAGGACUCUGAAGCCUUGACACUCGAGUUGGCAUGGCGUUUGUCAGACUGGGACGUCCCGCUGUCUCGUGACCAAGAAGCCACACCGAAUGGACGGUUCUACGCGGCUCUUCGUGCCGUCCACCGCGAGCGGGACCGUGAAGUGGCUCUCAGCGUAAUUGAUUCCACGAUCAAGGACGAGAUGAUCCACCUGCAGCAGAUUGGCGUGGAACGCAUGACUGAGAUCAAGCAGACUGCGGCCAGCCUUGUGUGCCUCCGCGACGUGGCGCUCUGGAACUCGGAUCCACUGCAGAGGGCAGUCAACGAGGGCGACUUUGACGGUGGACUCCUCAAGAGCUUUGUGGCGCUGGACACUUCCUUCAACUUUGGCAAUGCUGAACGCUUGUCCGCUACUCGCCUGUCUCUCAUCCGAUCGGCCCGGGCGAGAGAGAGCAAGAACUUAUUGGGCGACUUGACCUCCGUUCAGUCUGAGGGUCUUGCCAGCCUCGAGGUUUCCAGCCAGCUGCACUUGAGCAAGUUGGCACGCAAAAAGGGCAACCUUCAGGCUGCCGUGAAUGCCAUUACAGCGAUCGGCCAGCUGGAUAACAAGUUCUCUCAAUUACCCGAGGUGCAAGACGAGUUUUGUCAAAUUCUUUACGAUCAAGGUCAACACGCCCUCGCCAUUCGACACGUCGAGAACCUCAAGAGUGCGCUUGAUCCCAGGAGGGAUGUUCGUCGCAUGGCAGUGCUUCUCGGCCGCUCGGCACACUGGAACGCUCAGGCCAAACUCAAGUCCGCGGAUGAAAUUUGCCGCACGUUCGACACUGCCACUGAUCUUGCUGCCAAGUCAAACGUUUCUCUGCGAGAGCAAGGACAGUUGGCAUACAACUGCGCUGUCUUUUUUGACCAGCAGCUUGCGCUCCUGGCCGCUUCUCCUGAACUGGAGCGCCUCAGGUCGCUCGUCGCUCGUAAAAAGGCGGCGUCCCGGCAACUUGAGACGAGUCGCCCCCAGUCACCCCACAGCAGCCCUAGUCACAGGGUGGAUCACGAUCUCGAAGAAGAACGUGCUGCCAAACGCAGGAUCGAGGAGAAAAUGUCGACUCAUCUCUGCCGGGCUCUUGAGUCGUACGCAGUGGCACUGGCGAUCUGCGACGACCACGACGACUCGGUCAUUCGGCUGUGUUCGCUGUGGCUCGAGCACGACACCGAUGCGAAGGCCAGUGCGCGUUUGACAGUUGCGCUGAAAGGCGUAUCAUCGCACAAGUUUAUCGUCCUGGGCCCCCAGCUCGCUGCCAGGUUGUACUCUGGCAAGCCUUUGACCAAGUUCAACUCGCUGCUCAACGCAACGGUUCUUCGUCUCGCACGGGAGCACCCUUACCACAUCCUGUACCAAGUCAUCACUCUGGCGACCGGUGUUCCCAAGCCAACUCCGGCAUCUCGAUCCAAGGCCGCAGGAUCCAUCGAUGGACGUGGUGCCGCUGCAGCGGAAAUCAUGCAGCGCUUGCUGAACGAUGAAGGUCGCCCAGUGGCUGCUGGCGCUGCCAAGCACAUGACCACCUUUGCCAAGGCGUCUGUGGCAUGGUGCAACUACGGUACCCAGAGCAAGGAAUCUGACAACCGUGUGAUUGGAAAGCUGUUGCCCAUGCCUAAGGAGUGUUCCCUCCGCACACUUGUCAACCUCAACAUUCCGAUUGCAACGGUUAUUCCUCCCAUCGACUUGACCCUCGUGUACGCCAAUGUGCCCACUCUCCGCCAGUAUGUGCACAUGUACAAGCUUGCCAGCGGUAUCCACCGUCCUUCUAUCAUGACGGUGGUGGACUCCCUUGGACAGAAACAUGUUCAACUGGGCGACGACGAAGUUCGCCAAGACGCCGUCAUGGAACAGGUGUUCGAAAUGUCCAAUCGCCUUCUACAGCGUGAUGGCAAGGCGAGUGUACGCAACCUCAAGUUCCGCACCUACGCUGUAAUCCCGCUCGCGAACAAGACUGGCAUCAUCGAGUUUGUCGGCGGCACGUCUGCCAUCGGUGAAUGGCUCAAGCCCGCUCACCUAAGAUACCGCAAGAAGGACGACAUGUUGGCUGAUCAAAUACGCCGUCAACUCCAGCAGCUCCAGGCACACGACCACAUGGACGAAGCGAUCGUCGAAACCUACAAGCAGUGCAUGUCCCAUUUCCACCCUGUCAUGCGCCACUUCUUCACCGAGAAGCACCUGGAGCCUCUGGCGUGGUUUACGAUGAGGCUCAAGUAUGCGCGCAGUGUCGCAGUGACGUCCAUUGUCGGGCACAUGGUCGGCCUCGGCGACCGGCACUGUUCGAACAUCCUCAUCGACAACAACACCGGCGAGCUUGUGCACAUCGACUUUGGCAUUGCGUUUGACGAGGGCGCCAGGCUCCGUAUUCCCGAGCGUGUUCCCUUCCGCCUCACCAACGACAUUGUCGAUGGUCUGGGAAUGCACGGCGUCGAGGGCACCUUCAAAGAAUGUGCCGGACAUACCCUGCGCGUGCUUCGCGAGUCUUCCGAGCUCAUCCUCACCAUCCUCGAGGUGUUCAAGCAUGACCCGCUCUAUGCCUGGGCGGCGGACCCGGAGAAACUCAUGCGUGCUGGUGGUGGUGGUGGUGGUCUCAUUGACCUGUCAACUGUCGUGUCGAGCCAAGACAAGGCCGACAAGGUCUUGACAACCGUCCGCGCCAAACUCUCAAAUGCCACGGCUGUUCCGCAAACGGUGAACCAGCUCGUGCAGCAGGCACGCGACACGCGCAACCUUGCCGCCAUCUUUGUUGGCUGGCAAUCGUGGAUGUGA